AAAAAAAAAAAAACAACACCAAAAAAGAAAUAUUAUUAUUUAUUCUGGCUCACCUUCAUUCAUCGACAUCAAUCAUCAUUCAUUCUAGCAGAGCCAAUCCCAAUCCGAAUCCCAGCUCACUCCCUCCCAUUACUUCCCGAUUGGCGGGUUUCUGCAGCUCACCGCUUUCCUUUUAUAGCUUCUCUUUUGCCCCCUCCUUUCUAUUUUGGAUCUGGAGAACAGGAGAUAGAGAGAAACCCAAAAUAAUACAACACCCAAAAGAAGAAGGAGGAGAGGGGGAAGAUUUGAUUGAUCCUCUUCCUCCCUCUUUUGCUUAGUUUCUCGGAUAACUUAGCUAGGGUUUCUGGUUGCUGCGGUUUCUUCACUGCCCCAAAUCUCGCCAGUCUAAAUUUGGCAAAAGAGAUUUAAAAAAAAUGGCUCCAAUUUCCCUCCGAUAACCGUCUGUCCGUCUCCCCUUCCUUUACCCUCUUUUCCCCUCUGGGUAGAAGGUAGUAUUAAAUCCCAUCCCAUCCCAUCCCAUCGCAGCCCCAAAUUAAAAAUGGCGAGGGAGAAGAUACAGAUCAAGAAGAUCGACAACGCCACGGCCAGGCAGGUGACCUUUUCCAAGCGGAGGAGGGGACUUUUCAAGAAAGCCCAGGAGCUCUCUGUGCUCUGCGAUGCUGACGUGGCCCUCAUCAUCUUCUCCUCCACUGGCAAGCUCUUUCACUACUCCAGCUCCAGCAUGAAGGAAAUACUGGAGAGGCACAACUUGCACUCCAAGAACCUCGAGAAACUAGAACAGCCGUCACUGGAGCUGCAGUUGGUGGAGAACAGCAACUUCACUCGGCUGAGCAAGGAAGUCGCCGAGAAAACGCGCCAACUCAGGCAAAUGAGGGGAGAAGAUCUAAAUGGAUUAAACAUUGAAGAACUGCAGCAUCUGGAGAAGUCUCUCGAGUCUGGCUUGACCCGCGUCAUGGAAAAGAAGGGUGAUAAAAUUACGAAUGACAUCAAUGAGCUUCAAAGAAAGGGAAUGCAACUGAUGGAAGAGAAUGCGCGCCUAAGACAUCAGGUAGAAGAGAUGACCAAUGGCGGCAGACCUGCCGCAGAAGCAGCGACGAUGGAGGCGGAGGCGGCGGUCGUGACGGCAGAUUCAGAGAACGUGGCGUAUGAGGACGGGCAAUCAUCAGAAUCUGUUACAAACGUCUGCAACUCAAAUGGCGCCCCUCCUCACGACUAUGAAAGCUCCGACACUUCCCUCAAAUUGGGGUUGCCGUAUUCGGGCUAGACUGUUGUUGUAUUAUGACGUGGAUGAUGAAUGAUCAAGCUAAUUAACUUACCAAGAGAAUGGUCGGUCGGUCGGUCGGUCCAAUUGUUCCUGAGCCUCAAUCGUGUGUGUAUUAAUUUAUUCCAAUUUGAUCAAUGCAAGACAUGCAUUGCAUGAUGUAUAAUAUUGUAUAUCGGUGUGAUGAUUACAUGAUCAAACCACCACUCUUUAUAUAUAUAUA